AUGUUCCAGUUCUUGCGCCGCAAGGCUCCGGGCGACGAGACGACGCGGAGGAAGCGAACCCUCACGAUGCCCCUGUGGUCCUCAUCCAACAAGACCUCGGCCAACACUCUCAGGAAAAUGGUUGGCCUCACCACCAUCCUAGCACCAACGCACGACGGAUUCCACUUCAAACCCGCUCAGCCGAUGCCCCUAAUCAACAUCAUCAACGUGGACGGCGCAACCGACCCUUCCUCUUCCUCGUCCGCCUCCGGCCCGAAAGACGCACCCGCGGUCUCGACCCCCGACGAGAUCCUGCUCAGCUUCGCCAUCCAGACCCGACUCAAGAAGAUCUUUGACGACCUGCGCUCGCGCCGCUCCUCGUUAUCCCGCGACCCCUUCGUGACCCGCGAUCAGCUGCUCGUGUUCCUCGAAAACACCCAGGGCGAGACCGACGUCGAGGAUGUCCUGCCCGAAGAGAAGGAAAGAUACAACUUUGGCGAGUUUCUCGAGACGUGGUGGAGGCAUUACGGAUGGGAUGCGGUUCGACCUCUGAGGAGUGAGGACAAGGACUUGAGCCGGCCGAUCACAAACUACUUUAUCAGCAGCAGCCACAACACGUACCUGGAGGGCAACCAGCUUGCCUCCAAAAGCUCACCCGAGGCUUACAAGACGGUUCUCCGCCGCGGAUGCCGGUGUAUCGAAAUCGAUGUCUGGAACGGAGACACCCCGAUCACGACCCAGGAGGGCACCAGGCCUGACCAUUCGAGGAACCUGUCCGGCUCCUCCCUGCCCAAUGUAGCGGCGAGCGUCAAGGAGACGGUCGAGGAUAUUCUCACCGAUCGCAACGGCCACGGCAACGGACACAGCAGGAACACAAGCAGCGCCAGCAGAUCUCUCAACCCCCGCGAUAGCGCCACGCUGCUGGGACCCAGCGAGUCCACGGAAUCCCUGGGCGCCACUCUUCGUCCUCAGUCUGCGAGCAAGAACCGCCUACCGUAUCCCAGAGACGAGCCCAUCGUCACCCAUGGCUGGACCCUGACUACCCCGUGUGGCUUCCGGGAGGUGUGCAGGGCCGUCCGCGAGUCCGCCUUUGAGACCAACGAGCUGCCCAUCAUAGUCAGCCUCGAGGUCCAUGCCGACAAGGAGCAGCAGGAGGCCAUGGUCAAGAUCAUGAAGCAAGAGUGGGAGGGCAUGUUGCUCGACAAGUCUUGGGAGGGCAUUGACCCCCGUUUCCGUCUUCCCAAGCUCGAGGAACUGAAGCGCAAGAUCCUCGUCAAGGUGAAGAAGGCUCCUAACAAGAUCGAAGUGCCUACAAGCACGGCGGCGCUAUCGCAUGUCUUCGCCAAUGACGAGGACGCCUCGGGCUCCGACGACGAGCGGAACAAGGAAGUACCGAAAGCACCAAACACACCCAAGAUCGACGCUCCUGUCAAGGUCAACAGCGGAAACGAGCCGCCCAAGAGCACCAAAGUGGCCAUUUGCCAGGCGCUUAGCGGCCUGGCCAUCUAUACACACAGCGAACACUUCAAGAGUUUCGAGACGCCAGCGGCCAAGAAGCCGAGCCACAUCUUCUCGAUAAGCGAGAGCAGGAUCCUCGAGUUACACACGACCAAGGCUCGCGAGAUGUUCACUCACAACAAGAACUUCUUCAUGCGGGCCUUCCCCAACGGCGCGCGCGUGGACAGCUCCAACCCCGACCCCAGCCUAUUCUGGCGCAAGGGCGUGCAGAUGGUCGCCCUCAACUGGCAGUACCUCGACGAGGGCAUGAUGCUCAACGAGGGCAUGUUCGCCGACGAGGAGGGAUGGGUCCUCAAGCCCAUCGGCUACCGAAGCUCUGACAAGGACACCAUCACCGAGGUUGACGCCGCGCCGCAAGGUGACCUGGAGCUUACCGUCACCAUCAUAGCCGGCCAGCACAUCUGGACGGCCAGCGACUCCGCCAGCGACAGCAGCCGUGCCAAGCACCUCCGACCCUUUGUGAAGUGUGAGCUUCACGUCGAGAUCGGGGCUGUGAACGGCAAGGCGGCCGACGAAGACGACUUCAAGCUCAAGACAAGCGCGAAGAAGACGGACCACCCCGAGUGGGACAACGGCGCCCGGCUCAAGUUUCCCAAGAUCUCGAGGGUGGUGGAAGAGUUGAGUUUCCUCAGGUAA